AGUUCUGCCGUGUAUUUGUCGUGUAGUGGGUGUAUGCGCAUAUUUCAAUAUCAUCAGCGGGUUGUUACGUGAUUCACGAAAGUUUACGAAAGUUUCAAACGUUGUGACGUGAGUUUUUUGUGGAGUUUUUUACAGUUGGAAAGGUUUUUAAAAUUUCGUAACAACAGUGAUCAGUGAACUAGAACAAAAAGUAAUCAAAGCUACAUCUACAGCAUUGAAUAAAUCGCGAAGCAAGCUGGUUCUUAUACUAGGUGGCGUUUGAGGUGGAUCGUAUAACCACAACUUCGAAUAUUGUACAACUACAAGGUGGUGCGUCAACAUGAGACUGGUAAUAUUUUUCGCUAUUCUAUGGAUGAACGAUGCAACCUUCGCUCAAAUUCGCUCAAGGAGUAAAUCAAAACCGAAAGCAGUCAAACCUAACAGUUUGUGCAGCUUAGAACCCACCGAUACUAACAGUAUACGAUGUUUCUGUACUAAGGACAAGUAUCAAGUUUUGUCAGCAGAGUGCUGGAUAUUCGAACCGGUGAAUAAAGAUAGUUUAAUUUGGAGGCUGAUCGUUGAGACUCAGCCGUAUUUGUCAGAUUUCAGUAUAAUUGCAAGUCACCAAGGUCAGUUGAAAAGUAUUCCGCCGCAGUUUCUUCAGAAAAUGCUUUUUAUGAGAAACUUCACGAUAUCGUUCGCUCUUCUUGAUAAAUUGGAAAAGCACGUUCUUGCUAACUCGACAUCUAUACAAAAACUGACAUUAUGCAAAAACCAAAUUGAAAUACUGGAAAAUUUCUCUAUAGCCAAUCUACUUUCAUUGAAGGAACUCGAUUUGAGUGGUAACCGAAUUCGUUCGAUACCAAACUACGUUUUUUUCAAUGUUCCGGAAUUGAAAUAUGUGCGGUUGAACAGCAAUAACAUUUCGAAAAUUGAAGACAAGGCUUUCUCUUCGUUGGGAAACGUUUUGGAAUUGGACUUGUCGGAAAAUUACAUAUGCGAUAUAAAUAAUUUGACAUUCUUUGGAUUAUCAAAGUUGAAAGUGAUGGAUUUGAGUGUUAAUAAAAUAGUGAAUUUAGUUUCAAGUGUCUUUUCCGAGCUAUGGGAUAUCGAGGAACUCUACCUAGAUGACAACUACAUCGAAUUCAUCUCAAACAGAGCAUUCGACGGUCUUCGUUUUCUCAAAACUCUCAGCUUAGUAAACAAUCGACUAACUCGAUUUCCCGCUGGACUUUUUGCUAGUGUGUUCACACUAGUUAAUCUGGAUCUCAGUAACAACAGGUUGGAAACGUUGGUUUUUGAUUCCAUUGAACAAUUUUACAAUAAUUUGUUACACAAUGGAACUAUUGAUAUGAAAGGAAAUCGAUUCAGCUGUGAUUGCCGUUUAGAUUGGGUCUACAGUCUUCACGACAAGACAGCACAAGCUCACAUUCGCAAUUCGUUAGAAGAGUUGCAGUGCUCAAUGAAUGCAGAUAAAACAACUGUAACUACAGAAGUAGUGGAACAUCUGAUUUGCUCACCUUCCUUGUUCUCCAAUUCAAUCGAAGAAACACUUGAUCAAAGUGAUUAUUAUGAUAAGGAAAACGAAGCUGAGAGUAGUAGUAAGGCAUUCUUAAUGUCGAUACCUCUAAAGGAUUUACCAUGUCCUGCGGAAUACAGACCAACGCCGAUUACGGUCAAGCAAGGCAGUCCGUCAGGUGUGGAAAUUGUUGACAGUGGUAGCUCAAGAAAAAUUCCAUUCUACUCAAUUAUAUUUCUCAUUAUAUUUUUAUUGUAAGGCUAAACGACUUUAUGAAGUUUGGGAAAAAUUCUGAGAGCCAAAUAAAGAGAGAGACAUUACAUAUUAAUAACAAUGAUCGUGGUACAUGAAUGUUAUACGUUCUUUAUUGAUUUCAAAUUUCAAAUUUGAGUAUCUACAAUAAUAAUUAAUACUAAACGGACGAGAGAGAAACUAGAGACAAAUUAGAUUCUAAUAUAAUCAGCAGAUAUUUUAUUUCGACGUUUUUUUUUAACUUAUAUCAUAUUUUUGUAUAUUGAACGGAGUCAUUCCACUUUUUCAGCAAGAAUAGAUUUCUUUGUUUUCUUCAUGAAUUUCCAGACUGGUAUUAGAGUCAGUAUUCUUUAACUCUAAAACAGGAAAAUAUGGCUUAUUAUAGGUUCAAUUUUAAAAUUAAAGCUCUUUUUUUCAAUUUCAAAGAGAUUCCAUGAUUAACUAUCAAAUCUAAAAGUUGAUUAAAACCAAUAGGUACGAUUCAAAAAGUCAAUAUUUGACCUGGUGGAUGGAUUUAUUACAAAAUACCCACUUUCCUCAGAAGAAUGUGACUUUUUUGUUUUGUUAUUUGCUAAGUAUGAAUCUCAAACCAAUUAAACGUUAUUAACAAACAAAGUGUGAUACAUUUUCCCUUUCCAACGAAGUAUCGCACUAUUGCUAUUAAAAAAAAAAUCUGAGGUGGUUGUCAAGGUAAGAGGUGGGAAGCAUGGAAAUUUUUUAUGUCAUAAAACACCUUGAUUAGAAUGAAAAGUGAGGGGUUCACAUUUGUCUAAAAUAAUUCCUACAGAAAGCCAGACUUAAUAUCCGCAUCGUGGAAUUCUUAUCUCUUCUGAUCUUUUCAAAAAAGAUACUUGUCACUUAUUCAAAAUUCCUGUGAGCAAUAAAAUUGUAUUUCAUUUUCUGAAUAUCUCUUUCAAUAUUUAUUUAUUCCUAACGUACUGGAAUUAUUUUUUAUUUAUUUAUAAACAUUGUCCUAUACUUAAUUUAUUCAAACACUUUUCACUACACUUAACUAACUUAUAUAAAGAUCAACUUAUCACUAAUACUCAACUAACUAAUUUAAAUUCUUCAGUUACAUUUCUAUAUCGUUCUGUUAACUAUGACUAUUGGACAUUCCUAGAAAUGAGUUCAAAACAAUGUGAACAAAUCACUCGCUAUGAUAAAAACAUUCAUGAAAACAAAUACCAAACGUAUUCCGCGGUAUGUAAAACGUGCUGUGCCUAUAAUUUCAUUACACCGACUGGACCGGCUCCACGGCCCAUAUCGCGGACUUGUUCGUGAUAACGUCUAAAUAAAUGAUGAAUCUAUUAGUCUACUAUAAAUAUAGAGAAAAUAUUCUGUGGUAUAAUCAAGCUUUCAGGAUAUUUCAAAGUUUCACCAAUCAUAUUCAUUUCCGUGUCUGAGCUAGAAAAUGUGAUUUUCAUUUAUAUCAAUCAUUUUUUCAUAUAAUUCCAUUCACUUCUCUUGGUGUAAUUUAUUCAAGAAUUCUAAUGAUUCCAGCAAUUAUCACGAAUGUUCAUACAACUCAUUUCCUCAUGACCAAAUAAUAACAAUGUUUCGAAUUAUUCAUAGAAUUCUUUGUUUCCUAAAAUACUAAAAACAAAAUUUCACAAUUGUUCUAAAAACAAGUGCGUAGAAAAUUCAAAACUACUAUUUUAAAAUAAUCAAUUAUGCUUUCAACUGCCAACUACGUACUUAUUGUACACGUUAAUUGCUUAAAUUAUUCACGUCUGCAAAAAGUUUUAUGAAACUAAUGUUUACCUUUCAAAUCCGCAAACAAGUUUUUACAACCGAAUAUAAUAAUUGUGAACACAACCAUUCAGAACACGCAAAUAAUUUUUUACGGUUUUAGACCGUUUAUUUCCGUUGAAGCCCAUUUAAGAGGUUUUAUUUUUCAGCCCUCAUCAUUAUUACAAAUAUCACAACGUUUUAAUUACAGUGGACAUUUCUGAUGGAAAUAAUUAAUUCAUCUUUGUCAUCACUGCUACUCCAGUUUUAAUUCAAAUCAUAGUAGUUUUAUCGGAUUUAUCUUGUUUUCACUAUUAACAUCUGGCUGUCACAAAAAAUUAUCAUUAAAUAUAAACAUUUCAAUGUGUCCUUAUUUAUAUUUAAAGGUCCAUAUUCCAAGCGUUUUUACUUUGGUUAACCGUUUUGAAGUUUAAAUUUACGUAUUUUUCAGUUAUUUAGAUCAGAUUGACAGAUUUUGAAACGCGAUUAGGUAAAGUUCAUCUUUUGGAGAAUUCUUUAAUAUAGAUAAUUCGAGGGAAAUAAUCGAUAAAUCCUCAUUAGAUAAGCUAGUGCGUAAGGUCGUGAAACACUUUGACCUAUUGAUCUAUUGUCUACGACUCCUCAUUAGUUUCAUUUGAUACCACUCAACAUAACAUGUAAUCAAAGUAGUAUUUGAAUCUGCAUUGGUAUAUUGUUAGUGUGAAAUUAUCAUGAAAAACUAUCCAGAUAUGAUACAAGCACAUUUUGGUCGAUAUUGACAAUAUACAUAAUUUCACUCACCAUAGAAAAAAA